CACACUCGCACCUACUGAUGAACGAUGAUCCAGUCAUCAGUGAUCCUUCCUCCCCACGUUCGAAGCUUCCCCUGUCGCUGUCCAUGGUGGUGGUCAGAGCAGAGAACCGCAUCGCACAAGAAACCAUUACUACUAGUUUGCCUUGAGAAGCAGUACACUACAGUAUGAAGAAGAGAGAGAUUGACUUGACCUGAGCGAGCGUCGCCUCCCUUUUUAUUAUCUUCGAGAUUUUCCAAUUGUAACUGUGAAGUUGUGAGUAUUGUAUUCGUGUUGGUUGAGUGAGUGAUUGAUUGGUUGGGGGGCACAUAGACUGGCAGCAUCGCAAUCCAUUGUAUACAUAUAUCUUGGCUUGGCGGUCUCCGGUGCCCGUUCGUCGUCGUCGUCUUCCUCGGCCUCCUCCGUCGUCGUGGAGCGGAGGCGCGUGCCGCGUAGCGCAGCAGAGGGGUGAGAGCCCGUGUGUGGGGUGGUGGAUUUGUUUUGGGGGAUUUUCGUGCUGUCUCCCGGUGGAAUUGCUCUCUUGUGUUUGGGGUUUCUUGGCUCCGCUCUCGCACCAAGAACCUAUCUUUUGCCUCCUCUCUCUCGCUCGUCUCUCCCCGUUCUGGGUCUCGGGUUCUUGUUUCUUGGUGAGUGUGCGCGAGAAAGGCGGGUUCUUCGUGCAUUUACAAGGAGUGCAGCUGAAUUGAGAAAUGGGGGCAAAGGACUCCAAGCCUUCAUAUAACUAUUCUUCUUCUUAUGAUUAUGGGAAUUCGUCUUCGGGAUAUAAUAACUCGAGAUACCCUGCAUACCCUGCAAAUACAUCCUCCAGUCACAGUGCAAGAUAUGCCCCUUCUACGGAUAACUAUGUGCAGCCAGAAACGCAUGCCAGGUUGCAAAGGAAGUACUCGAGGAUUGGUGAUGACUACCGCUCUCUGAAUCAAGUGACUGAAGCUUUGGCACAGGCAGGUCUUGAAUCUUCAAAUCUUAUUGUAGGUAUUGAUUUUACAAAGAGCAAUGAAUGGACAGGUAAACUUUCCUUCAAUCGCCGAUGUCUGCAUGAUAUUGGAAACACCCCAAAUCCAUAUGAGCAAGCAAUAUCUAUUAUUGGAAGGACACUUUCAGUUUUUGAUGAAGAUAAUUUGAUUCCUUGCUUUGGAUUUGGUGAUGCAUCAACUCAUGAUCAGGAGGUAUUCAGCUUUUAUCCAGAGAACCGACCAUGCAAUGGAUUUGAAGAAGCGUUAGAAAGAUACAGAGAAAUUGUUCCAACUCUUCGAUUAGCUGGACCAACAUCAUUUGCUCCAAUAAUUGAGACGGCAAUUGGGAUUGUAGACAGCACUGGUGGUCAGUAUCAUGUUCUUCUGAUAAUAGCUGAUGGACAGGUUACUCGAAGUGUUGAUACACAGUCUGGGCAAUUAAGCCCACAGGAGCGUGAUACAAUUGAUGCUAUAGUAAAAGCUAGCCAAUUCCCCUUAUCUAUUGUUCUUGUUGGGGUUGGUGAUGGGCCAUGGGACAUGAUGCAUCAGUUCGAUGACAAUAUACCAGCUCGCUCAUUUGACAAUUUCCAGUUUGUGAAUUUCACGGACAUUAUGUCAAAGAGCAUAGCAGCUGACAGGAAGGAGGCAGAAUUUGCAUUGUCAGCCUUGAUGGAAAUCCCAACACAGUACAAGGCAACACUUGAUCUCCAACUUCUAGGCCGUCGGCAAAGGAUACAGCCAAGAAUUCCUCUGCCACCACCUAUGAGAACUGCUUAUUCGAGAUCUACUAGCUUUGACCAACGUUCCGGUGUUUAUUCACGAUCUAGUAGCUUUGGCCCACAAACAAGUGGUUUUCAGCAAUCUGACAGCUUCAAACAGAGACAGCCUGUAGCUACAAGUGCUCCUGACACUACUUACGCUACAGAAAGUUCUUUAGAAGGAAGACUCUUGUGUGCUAUUUGUAUGGAUAAAUCGAAGGAUCUUGCUUUUGGAUGUGGACAUCAGACCUGCUACGAAUGUGGUAAGAAUUUGGUGCGCUGCCCUAUGUGCCAGCAGCAUAUAACCACAAGGAUCAGGCUGUACUGAUAGAAAUAAGAAAAUAAUAUCCUGAAGCUUUUGAAGCCUACAGAAUAUCAUGGUGAUCCUAUAGAAACCCCUGUGCAAAAUGUUUAGAACCAGCCUAAAUUGUACUGUUCUUUUGAUCCUGUAAUUGGUGGCUUAGUAUUCUUAUUGCAAUGGGAAGUGUUUAGGCAGAUAGUCAUUAUGUGAGAAAAGGUACACUGAAUAAUGUACAGUAAUUAGUUUAUGAACUAUACAUUCUCCUUUCUUUCCCAUGCUAAAUAAGGUGAACAGCUGCAAAAUUUUCAGGAUGGAACAGUAAACAAGCACGUAUGCGGUGUGUUGACCUAUUA